GCCGGAUAACCGCCCAUCUGUGCGUGGCGCCGUCAGGCGCGGUCGACCCAGGCACGAGGACAAAAGCGUGGGAGCAGCGAGGUUUGUUCCCUUGCGCGCAGGGCCUCGGAAGGCCAGAGACUUACCCGUCGGCAGGGGCAGUCAGUUCCCCACCAUUGCCUUCCAGGCCUUACGACCUCCAGGAGGCCGCGCCCCGACGCUAGAGACAAGGAGCUCCGCACCCAGGCGCAGGCUGGGGGGACGCGGCGGGCUGUGGAGGACGCAGGAUGCUGGAGGUGGUGGUGCUGAAGAUUGAAGAUCCAGAUUGCUUCUGGGUUGUUAUGAAAGGAUGUAGUCCUUUUUCAGAUCAUGAAGUCGACUAUCAAAAACUAAAUAGUGACAUGAAUGGCUUCUAUAACAGCAGGCAUCAAAAUAUGGAAAUAAGACCUUUGAUUUUGGAAGAAGGGCAAGUUUGUGCAGUCUAUUGUCAAGAGCUAAAGUCCUGGUGCAGGGCUGUUAUUAAAUCAAUCAUACCUUCAGGAGACUAUUACCUGGCCAUGUGUUUCCUUGUGGAUUUUGCCAAGUACAUUCCAGUAAAAUCUAAAAACAUCUGUAUUGGAGUAGAAUCUUUUAUGCAGCUCCCCUAUAGAGCGAAGAAAUUCAGACUUUAUUGCACAAGACCUGUUACAUUACACAUUGACUUCUGUGAAGACAAUGCUGAAAUUGUACCUGCAAAGAAAUGGGACAGUGCUGCUAUCCAAUACUUUCAGAACAUCCUGAAAGCAGCUACCCAGGUGCAAGCCAAAUUAUGUGCUGUGGAAGACAAUACUUUUGAAGUUUACCUUUAUGUAACAAUAAAAAACAUGAAAGUUUGUGUUAAUGAUGACCUAGUUGCAAAGAACUUUGCCUGUUAUGCAUCACCCACGAAAAAUGAACACCUUAAUUUAGAGAAAGCAAAAUUCAGAAUGAAGUCAGAAUCCUUUUCCAGUAAACUCAAUCCUGCACUUACUCUUUGGCCAAUGCUUCUGAAAAGGAAAGAUUUUCAAGGAACGAAAAAGUCACAUGGUUUAGAUUUUCUGACACAGUCUCUCCAGCACACAUGGUGCAAGGGUGUUGUUAGUGACCUUAAGCCAGCUGCUGCAGUACUGGAUAAAGCUGUAAAAUGGAAUAUGGGUUCAUUGAUAGACUCACCUAAAAAGAAAUCUGAACAGCAGCAGCAUGUCUCUUUAAAAGAUGUAAAUAAGUGUGAAUCUCCAGCUUACUGGCCAACAAAGAGAGGCAUAACCAUAUAUGCUGAUCCAGAUGUACUGGCAGCAAGUGCUUUAAGUCAGAAGCCAAAUGAGAAAACACUAAAAUUAGCUGAGAAGAAAGAGUGUGAUGAGAAGAAUAGCUGUGUAAGAUUACUGCAGUUUUUAAACCCUGAUCCUUUGAGAGCUGAUGGAAUCUCUGAUCUGCAGCAGUUGCAGAAGCUGAAGUCAGGCAUGCAGCAACCUGUUGUGAUUCUCCGGAACAAGAUCCAGCCUUGCCUGACCAUUGACAGUUCACCACUGUCUGCAGAUCUGAAAAAGGCUCUUCAGCGAAAGAAGUUCCUGGGACCCAGCCGUACUGAAUCUUACUCUUGGCCCCCUAUAGCACGUGGCUGUGAUGUGGUUGUCAUUUCUCACUGUGGAAAGGACCCUUUGUUGUACCUCCCACCGUUGCUUACCAUGUUGCAAGUGGGAGGUUGCUACAAGUCAUUACCAAGUAGAAACGGUCCUCUUGUAGUAAUCGUGUGCCCUGGGUGGAAAAAGGCCCAGUUAACUUUUGAAUUAUUGGGAGACUACAGCGUGUCCUCCAGGCCUCUGCAUCCUAUGUUCUUAACAAUUGGACUUCACAAAGAUGAAGCCAAAAACAUGAAGCUUCCAAGGGGAUGUGAUGUGAUAGUCACAACACCACAUAGCCUCCUGAGGCUUCUUGAAUACCAGAGUUUGUUAUUUCUUAGACUCUGUCACCUGGUUUUGGAUGAAGUGGAAAUACUAUUUUCUGAGGCUAAUGAACAAAUGUUUGCUAUAUUAGAUAACUUUAAAAAAAAUGUUAAAAUGGAAGAAAGGGAGUGUGCACCACGCCAGAUCAUUGCAGUUGGCAUUCACUGGAGCAGACACAUAGAACACCUGAUGAGAGAGUUCAUGAGUGAUCCCUAUGUUGUGAUCACAGCCCCAGAGGAAGCUGCCCUCUACGGGAACAUCCAGCAGGUGGUGCAUCUUUGCCUAGAAUGUGAAAAAACCUCUACUUUACUACAGGUUCUUGAUGUCAUCCCCAGCCAGGCACAAAAGACCUUGAUCUUCACCUCCUCUGUAGCUGAAACAGAAAUAGUGUCUAAGGUAGUAGAAAGCAAUUCAAUAUUUUGCUUGAAAAUGCAUAAAGAGAUGGUUUUUGACUUAAAAAAUGUUUUAGAACAGUGGAAGAAGCUAACUUCUGGCUCUCACAUUGUACUAGCCUUAACUGAUGACUGCAUACCACUCCUGGCCAUCACUGAUGCCACGUGUGUGAUUCACUUCAGCUUCCCUUCUUCGCCAAAAUUUUUUGGUGGACGCCUGUAUUGCAUGUCUGAUCACUUUGAGAGUUUAACUGAGCAGGGUUCUCUUGCAGAGCAGGAAAAUAAAAAACCCAAGUCUGUCUUGUUGCUGACGGAGAAAAAUGCGAGCCAGGCAGUUGGUGUCCUGCGCUACUUAGAGCGAGCAGGUGCCAAAAUCCCAUUACAGCUGUAUGAGUUUACUGCAGGAGUGUUGGAAGCCAAAGAAGAUAAGAAGGCCAAACGACCUUUGUGUCAGUAUCUUAAGGCUUUUGGAUUUUGCAGAGACAAAAGGAUCUGUCCUGACCGACACCAUAUUAAUCCAGAAAUGGACAUGCCAAGGAAAUUAUCCAACCAAGCUUUACCCAUGUUUGGAUACAUUAAAAUAAUACCUUGUUAUAUUUCAAAUGCAACAAAUUAUUUUGGUCGCAUAAUUGAUAAACAUGUGGAUCUUUAUGCAACUCUUAAUGCUGAAAUGAAUGAGUAUUUUAAGGAUUCUAGUAAUAAAACAACUGUUGAGAAGGUGGAAAAUUUUGUAUUGUAUGGAUUAGAAGAAAAAACGUCUUUUCACAGGGUCCAACUGUUAGAGAUGAGCCCACAAGAAGAUUCAUGGGGCCUGGACAGUGUCCUGGUGAAAUUCAUAGAUGAAGGUAGGAUUGGACUGGUCACUACAGACCAACUAUUGCAUCUCCCUGAGAACUUCAGUGCUCUUCCCCCACAGGCUGUGGAGUUUAUUGUCUGCAGAGUGAAACCAGCUGAUGAUGAGAUGGAAUGGAAUCCGAAGGUUACUAGGUACAUUCAUCAUAAAAUUGUUGGAAAAUUGCAUGAUGCAAAGGUGGUGUUGGCUUUGGGAAAUACAGUUUGGAUUGAUCCAAUGGUACAUGUUACAAAACUUUCAAAUUUGAGAACUUCUGUUGUUGAUUAUAAUGUGCGAGCUGAAAUUUUGUCCAUGGGAAUGGGCGUUGAUAAUUCAGAACAUGUAGAAGAACUAAAAAAACUAUACAAAGGAGCUAAAAUGCCAACUUCUGAAGAAGGCCUAAACCAAACCCCGACACCUCCCACGGUAUCUCCUUCAUCUCCGAUGGUGUCAGCAGAAGAUACCACUUGUCUCCAGGGAGUGAAGCAAGAGAACUGUGGUGCAGAAAGAGGGACUGACUCUGAGACAAAGUCAGAAAACUCAACAUCCGAAACUUUAUCUGAAAACCCUGAAGAUAUUUCUGCUAAUAGAACAUUGCAGCCACCCCUGAAAAGCUUCCACCCACAAAUAAAGUGGUUCCAAAAAGAUGAUGCUGUUAUCCUUAAGAUAAGAAUAACGAAUAUAAAGGAUUACAAAUGUAAAUACUUUAGCGAUAGAGUGAUUUUCAGUGCAUGGGUGGGAGACAAAUUUUACUUGGCUGAUAUGGAGCUGCAGGCCAACGUCAUAAAAGAAGACUGCAAGUGCAUAAUUACAAAUGACGAGCCUGUUAUUACGCUCCCAAAAGAGAAAAGGGGAUCCUGGCGUGGCUUACUCCGACAGAAGAAUCCUAAUGUGACUUUUGACUUUGACCACUGGGAAGAAGGUGAUGAGGACAGAGAGGAAGGCCUCUUCUCAAAAGUUUUAAGUUCUAAAAACCUGUCCUGCAAAAUGGCCAAGGUGGUUGAAGACGGUGACACCUCUUCAGAUGGUGACGGAAGUGAGAGCGAAUGAAAGUGUCAUUGAAACCUUGAAGAGCAGCCAGAGGACUCUGAGCAAAAAUGGAAGUUGCUAAGUGACUGGAAGUUAGGAAGGCAAGCAGUCAUAGCCAAGCCUUUUUUCAGCUAAAAGAUAAGGUUCUACUGCGUGUUGCCUUGUGGCACUUGGAUGGACAAUGCUGAGAAAUUCUUAGAAAUAUUUCUGAGAAAAAUGUUAGAAGAUACAGUGAUAAAGAUUGAUGAUGAUGAUGAUGAUGAUGAUGAUGAUUGUCAAAGGAGAGUGGAAGUUAGAUCUGGAAUGAGAGAAGCAAAAAACACAGGCCUGGUCCAAGCCCAGGCUGCAGUGUGUAUUCCCCAGUGCCACUCACACCCAUCCUGACAUGCUCAGGUUUGAGUGGCAGAGAGCACACCAUGACACUUGAGUGACAGGUUGUACUCCCUGAAGUCUGUCCUCAUGCUUUUGUCACUUAGACCUACAUUUGUGUUUGGUGUAUUGUUCAGAAGUUGGUCUUAUGCAUGUAAAUGGAGGCUUCCAUCUUGCAAAUUCAUACUCAGCAACUGCCUUACAGCCAUAAGUUAGAUACUUUCAACCAUAAGUUAGUUGAGAUUUGCACUCACUGAGUGCAGUACUAAUGCUUUUACAGUUCUUAAAAUAUGGAGAGCUACUGAAAGGAGGAAGCUCACAUCUUUUCCCAAGGACAGUGGGAUGGCCUCAGUGAGACCAGCAAGACCCAGGCUUUGUAGAGGUGAAGCUUCUGGUUCCAGAUAAACCCCUGGACUCAAAAAGGGACUAAGUCACUGAUGAAAAACCUUCUAGAGCUUCCAGUGAUAUACACAGCCCACUGCAGCAUGUAUGCCAUAGUUUUGCUACUGCUGGACUAAGGGCUCUUUUUGGCAGCUUAAUGGGAAUCGUACAGAGCCUGGAGGUGACCCUCAGAACACCUGUGCGGGGAGGUGAGCAUCCUUGGUAAGGUUGUAGCACCUGUCACCAGAUUCUUGAGAGAGUGUAUAUAGUUCUUGCCACUUAAUGUAGGAAUGCCUCGGGGUUAGCCUUGCAUGUUUGGCUUUCUUUGUUGAUUGAGAAAGUUGGAAAUGUGAGCUGUUGGGAAAUUGAAAACCUUAUGCACUCAGCUGAGGCAGGAGGAUCACAAGUUCAAGGAUAGCCUGUGCACCUUAGCAAGACCUGUCUCCAAAAGGGCUGGUGAUAAUGCUCAGUGGUAGAGCGCUCCAGGGCUCAACUCCCAGCAUCUCACCCCCAAAAGAAACCUCUGUGAAUUUCCUCAACAUCGGUUGUCAAAUUCUUCUAGAAGUGGAAAAGACCACUGACAGAUUGUGACUGGUGGGCACAUGGCAGCAUGGAUGCUCAGGCUCCUGUAAUCUCGCAUGUGAGCCAUUACUUGAACUGAGUUAAACUCAUCAUCACACUGCUCCCAUGAGCAGGGGUGGGUCCUGCUCUGCCUCUGUUUCCUCAUGUGUAAAAUAAGAUGCUGAGCUCAUGCUCAGCCUCCCUUCUCCACAACCCAUGCCCAGAGUGCUGCUGGGCAGGGAUCUCAUCUGCAUCUGUGCAGGGACUCUUUGACAGGCAUCAGAGCACUGCCCUCCAGGCGAAGGAUGUGGCCCAGCCUGGCUAGAUGCCAGGAACCUGGCCUUGCUCCCCUGUAACUGAUUGGUUGAUUGGCGGGUAUCUUAUGAGGAAGCAGAGAGUUCUGGUAUCUGUGCUGGAAAGGUUCCACUCAGGACUCAUCCUGCAGUGGAGGCCUAGAGAAGUAGCCAGGCCCCCUGAGACUUUCCUGUGGGCACCGGCUUGCUGUGCUGAGUCUCUUAGGAAUAGCAAUGGCAUGUCCUGGAGCAGGCAGCAGUGUUGCCUGCCUGGGAGAAGACACAGUGCAGACUCUUGUGGUCCACUGACAGAUACUGUGGCAGGAGUACUAUAGGUUACAAUCUCAACUUCUUUUUUAGACACUUCAAUUUUUGGAUAGUACGCUGUAGGAUGUAGAAGGCUGAGUAAACAGUCACCUUUUUUUUUUUGGUUUUGGGUUUUUUGAGACAGGGUCUCACUAUGUAGUUGAG